UUUUUUUUUGGUUUUGUUUUUGGGUGGGUUCUCUUCUUCCUUUGCGUUUGUUCUCUGUGACUUUCCAGCUUCUCUGUAUCAUCUUCGCUGCCUCGUCCGCGGAGAAGCUGACACUUCUUGCUGCGCGUGUCAACUGAGCCGGGCAAGCUAUCCCGCUCAUAGCUUUUCCGCCUUUGCUUCUGUCUCAGCUUCGGAUUGUCGGAGCUUCGCUUGAAAAAAAGAUCAAAACAACAAAAGUUCAAUAUCUACGUCUUUCGUCUGUGGUCCGUAAGUUGGCAUGGGAGCGAGGGGGUAUCUAUAAUGGAGGAGUGUGUGUUCAGUUGAAGGUGGGAGCUGCCAUAUCUGUCUCAUUUUACAAACAUGCCUUGGUGGAGCAAGUCGUCAUCAAAAGAUGAAAAGAAGAAAACAAACAAGGAAGGUAUCAUUGAUGCAAUACCCAGGAAACUCAGAAAUGCACCCGAGGAUAAGAGCAGUGGUGGUAGAACUGCUGGGUAUUGGAGACGGGCUCGAGAUGUUCUCUCAGAGAGAGGAUCUCUUUCCCGAGUCCCAUCAAGAUCUCCAUCACCUUCCACUCAAGUCUCACGGUGCCAAAGUUUUGCCGAAAGACCAGCUCAACCACUUCCACUUCCUGGUGCGAGACGUACAACCGUUGCCCGCUCUCAUUCUGGAGUGAGUAGUUCCCCAAAUCCAGGUUCAGAUGCAGGAUCCCAGCAUUUGCAGGUAUUACCUCUUCCAAGGCCUGGGAAUGUUUCUAAUAGGUUGGACCCGGUAAAUGUUGAAGUGGAUAUAGGCACUGCUUCCAUAUCUAGUGAUAGUUCAAGUGAUAGUGAAGAUCAGUCAGAUUCACGUCUCCUUAGUCCCUUGACAUCAGACUAUGAAAAUGGGAACAGAACUGCUGCAAAUAGCCCUUCUAGCAUGAUGCAGAAGGAUCGGUCUCCGCUUCUUAGUCGAAAGAACUCAGGCGAGAUGUUGAAGCAUGCUGACUUUUCACUGAAUAACAAUCAGAAACCAUCUGUAUCGCCUAGAAGGGCGCAUUUAAGCUCUCUUGUACAAAAUUUACAGAUACCUAACAGAGGCAUACUUUCCAGUGCCCCUGACAGCUCAAUGUCGAGUCCUUGCAGGAGCCCAAUCAGGUUAUUUGGAACAGAGCAAGUUGUAGUAAAUACUGGUUUAUUACUACAAGGGAAGAAUUAUGCAGAUGUAGUAGGUUUACUAGGAUCUGGGCAUUGCUCAAGUCCAGGUUCCGGUUAUAAUUCUGGGCAUAACUCAAUAGGUGGAGAUAUGUCAGGGCAGCUAUUCUGGCCAAACAGUAGAUGUAGCCCUGAGUGCUCUCCAAUACCGAGUCCUCGAAUGACAAGUCCUGGGCCGAGCUCCAGGAUACAGAGUGGGGCUGUGACACCUCAACAUCCACGAGCUGGUGGGGGUUUGGUAGAGUCGCCUAAGGGAAGGCAUGAGGACACCAAGCAACAGAGCCACCGGUUACCUGUUCCACCAAUAACAAUCUCUAAUACUUGUCCUUUUUCACCUGCUUAUUCUGCCGCAACCUCUCCUUCACUACCACGAAGUCCUAAUAGGACAGAAAACCCUACAAGCCCUGGUUCACGCUGGAAGAAGGGCCGUCCAUUAGGGCGAGGCACGUUUGGGGAUGUGUUUCUUGGAUUUAACAGUGAAAGUGGUGAGAUGUGUGCAAUGAAGGAAGUAACUCUGUUUUCAGAUGAUGCAAAAUCAAGAGAGAGUGCACAGCAGCUGGGACAAGAAAUUGCAAUGCUGAGUCGCUUAAGGCAUCCUAAUAUAGUGCAGUAUUACGGAUCUGAAACGGUGGAUAACAAGCUUUAUAUUUACCUGGAGUAUGUUUCUGGUGGCUCCAUUUAUAAACUGCUUCAAGAUUAUGGUGCAUUUGGUGAAAUAGCCAUCCGUACUUACACUCAGCAAAUUUUGUCUGGGCUUGCUUAUUUGCAUGGUAAAAACACUGUACACAGAGACAUAAAGGGGGCAAACAUACUGGUAGAUCCAAAUGGGCGGGUCAAAGUGGCAGAUUUUGGGAUGGCAAAGCAUAUUAGUGGCCAAUCAUGUCCAUUAUCGUUCAAAGGAAGUCCUUACUGGAUGGCACCUGAGGUGAUUAAGAAUUCAAACGGUUCUAAUCUGGCCGUUGACAUAUGGAGCCUGGGGUGCACUGUUUUGGAGAUGGCAACUGGAAAACCUCCUUGGAGUCAGUAUGAAGGGGUUGCUGCUAUGUUUAAGAUUGGAAACAGUAGGGAGCUUCCAGCAAUUCCUGAUCAUCUAUCAGAAGAUGGAAAGAACUUCAUUAGGCAAUGUCUACAACGGAAUCCAUUGCACCGCGCAACUGCUUCUCAACUCUUAGAGCACCCGUUUGUGAAGAAUGUCACACCUCCAGAGAGGCUAAUUACGAAUGCUGAGCCCUCAGAACCAACUGCGACUGGAAGAUUAACGGUACUUCUGAUAUUUUGCCUGGGCACUGGACAUGCGAGAAGCUUUGACACGGAAGCAAUCCCUAUUCAUCAAUCUAGAGUCUCAAGAACUGGUUCAGGAUUCAGUGACUUCCAUGCGCUGAGGAACAACUUAUCAUGUCCAGUUUCCCCUAUUGGUAGCCCUCUUCUGUAUCCAAGAUCACCACAACAACAACAUGCAAGUGGAAGGAUAUCUCCAUCUCCUAUAUCUAGCCCUCACACUGCCUCAGGUUCAUCCACGCCCCUUACUAGUGGCGCCAUCCCAUUUCAUCAUCACUCAUGGCAACCGGCAUCUUACAUCCAUGAAACCCCAAGGUCUCAAACUGGCUUCUACACCGGAAGUAGCAGUAGUAGUCCCUAUCAGGAACCAACCAACAACCAGCCUGAGAAGUUCAGAGGUUUGUCGCAAACCUCACACAUGUUUCGGGAUAUGACUUCAGUAGAUAAUAAUGGUGGUCUUGGGACCCGCCAUUUUGGACGAUUCGGUCAACACCAGGACCUUGGUGAAGUUCUUCCAACUUCACAGCCUGUGUUGGCUGAUCGCGUGUCCCAGCAGCUACUAAGGGAUAGUGUUCGGUUAAAACCAUCCCUUGAUCUGAAUCCUGGCUUCACAAUGCAACAUCAUAGGCCUGAGUAGCAAUUUGCAGAGGUUUUGUGCUUCUUUGAGGCUAGAAAAUUUCUGAGGUUACCAAGAGCUGGGGGCAAGGAUUUUUGGAACAGCCAUUUUGCAGAAGAAUCCACUAAUUACUUUCAACCCAUAACAACCGACGUGGAAAUUCGAACAACUGACAGAUGAGAAAUUGCUUAUUGAGACCUGACAUGUUAGCAGCAGCUCAGCUUUUAUACGUUUGGGCGCUGUAAACAACUGUAAAUCUUAUCAUACACUCUUGAAGAAUACAGGAGUCUAGAAAAGCUCCUGUCUGAACAUGGUGUACUCUUUCAAUAUGUAACUGUAACCAUAUCUGGUUGGAAGAAGUACAUCUGCCUCGGUUGAAAGAAGAAAAGUCAUGUAUAGAGAGUUGCUCUGAUAUAUUAUUCAUGUUCUUGCCUGAUGGAUCAAGCUCAAGCUAAAUUCCCAAAGCUUCUUAGCCAGUUUCAUGUCUUUCCCUAGGGAGUUCGGUUCGGCUAAAUUACAGUCCAUGAAGUGUUUACCAGUGACACCUUUAACUUGAGGGUGCAGCGCCAAAUAACAGCUUGUAGCAGCUCCCUGUUCAGCAGAAAUUAGUACAUAAACUUUGUUAAGAAAUUACCAUUCACUACACUGUGAUGCCGCAAAAGGUUGGUAACAAUAGAUCCAGGGUGAAGUGAAUUAACAGUGAUAUUCACGCCAUCUUCCUGGAGACGCCUAGCUAGCUCCUUCGCGUGCAGUAUGUUUGCAAGCUUCGACUGUCCAUAAGCUGACAUCCCAAAGUAUGUGAAGAUAUGAGCAAGUGAUCCUA